GUGUAACCGCCAGAAAGAAAGAAAGAAAGGAGAGAAGUCGAUGAAUGGGUGCAGGCAGGUAGCUAGCUAAGUAUAAGGGUAGGGAUGGAAAACAAAACAGAGUACAGAGGGCAUGUAUUAGCCAUUCCAUAUCCAAGUCAAGGCCACAUAAACCCUCUGCUCCAAUUCUGCAAGCACUUAUCCUCAAAGGGCCCCAAAAUCACCCUUGCCACCACUGUCUUCAUAUCCAACACCUUCAAACCAAACUUAUCAACCACCUCCGUUCAACUAGACACCAUCUCGGAUGGCUUCGACGAUGGCGGGUUUGCUCAUGCUGAGGGCGUCGCUGACUACUUAACAAAACUAGAAGCUGCCGGCUCCAAAACCCUGGCUGAGCUGAUCUUAAAGUACAAGGAUUCAGCAGAUGAUGACCCCAUCGACUGCAUAGUGUACGACUCCUUCUUGCCUUGGGCUUUGGAUGUGGCCAAAGAGUUUGGGAUACCCUCAGCUGCCUUCUUCACCCAAGCUUGCACCGUCAAUUACAUCUAUUACUGUGUUCACCAUGGCCUGCUCAACCUUCCAAUUCCUAAUGAUUCCUUCCCACUCUCUAUUCCAGGCCUGCACUUUCUUGACAUUCGGGACAUGCCCUCCUUCAUAAGCGUGGAGGGCUCUUAUCCCGCUUACUUCGAGAUGGUGUUGAACCAAUUUUCCAAUGCGCACAAAGCCGAUUUCAUGCUUUUCACCGCUGUCUCAGACCUUGAGGAAGAGGUGGUGGGAUGUAUGUCAAAAGUAUGUCCGUCCAUGCUGACAAUUGGGCCAACCAUUCCUCCUGCCUACUUGAAUAAUGAGCAUAUGAGGAUCAAAUUCAAAGAUGAUGAUAAAGAGUACGGGUUUAAUCUGUUCGAAUCUGAAGCAUCGGGUGUUUGCAUGGAGUGGCUCAACAAAAAGCCGCCAGGCUCUGUUGUGUAUGUGUCGUUUGGUAGCAUGGCCAAUCUGAGUGGGAAACAAAUAGAGGAACUUUCAAUGGGACUGAAAGCUUCCAACAUGUAUUUCUUAUGGGUGAUAAGGGCCUCUGAACAGGAAAAUCUGCCAGAUAAAUUUGAGGAAGAUGAUGAUAAAGGGCUAUUGGUGAAAUGGUGCCCACAGUUGGAAGUCCUUGCCAAUCAGGCCGUGGGGUGCUUCUUCACGCAUUGUGGUUGGAAUUCAGUGAUAGAAGGAUUGAGCUUGGGAGUUCCAAUGGUAGCCAUGCCUCUGUGGACCGACCAAACUACCAAUGCCAAGCUUGUGGAGGAUGUUUGGAAGGUCGGGGUUAGAGUUCGUGUGGAUGAGAAUGGGAUUGUGGGGAGACAAGAAAUUAGUGGGUGCAUUAAACAGGUGAUGGAGGGGGAGAGGGCCAAAGAAAUGAAAUAUAAUGCUAAUAAAUGGAGAAAUGCCGCUAUUCGGGCAAUUAGUGACGGUGGCUCUUCCGACAACAACAUUGACCGAUUUAUGUCCAAAUUGAAAUCGUCUCCUCCUCCAAGCUCUUCAAAGUAAUCAGCUAGCUUGUUUGCGCAAUUAGUAUCAAUGCAAGUUUAUUAUUAUGUUAUUUUAAAAUAA